AUGGCGACUCCUCCUCACUCACCAGGCUACAAAGCACUGCUCUGCAUCUGCAUACUCCUCCGGACUCUGUGGGAAACCCGGGCAGAACAGAUCUGCUACUCGGUGCCCGAGGAGGUGGAGAAAGGCUCUGUGGUGGGCAGCAUCGCCAAAGACCUGGGGCUGGAGCCCCAGAAGCUGGCUGAGCGCGGAGUUCGCAUCGUCUCCAGAGGUAAGACCCAGCUCUUUGCUCUGAAUCCGCGGAGCGGCAGCUUGGUCACAGCAGGCAGGAUAGACCGAGAGGAGCUCUGUGACCGAGCUCCAAAGUGUGUGGCAAACCUAGAGAUUCUCCUAGAGGAUAAAGUAAAAAUCUUUGAAAUAGAAGUGGAAAUAAUCGAUAUUAAUGAUAACCCACCCACCUUUGCAACAGAGCAGAGGGAAAUAAAAGUUGUUGAACUUGAAAUUCCUGGGACAAGAUUUCCUCUCCCAGAGGCUUUCGAUCCGGAUAUAGGGAUAAAUUCGCUGCAGAGUUACCAACUCAGCUCCAAUGCUCAUUUCUCCCUGGAUGUGCAAAGCGGGGCAGAUGGGAUUAAGUACCCAGAGCUGGUGCUGGAGCGUGCCCUAGACCACGAGGAACAGUCAGUUCACCACCUUGUACUCACCGCCUUGGAUGGAGGAGACCCAGUGCGCUCUAGCACUGCCAGGAUCCAUGUAACACUUAUAGAUAUCAAUGACAAUGCUCCUGUCUUUACUCACCCUGACCAGGAUGAGUACAGGGUCACAUUGCCAGACAUGGUUCCCCUGGGUUUCUCAGUGCUUCAGGUGACAGCCACCAACCAGGACGAAGGCAUUAAUGCAGAGAUCACCUACUCCUUUCACAAUGCGGAUGAACAGGCAGUACAGUUUUUCAAUUUACAUAAAAAAACAGGACAAACCACAACAAAGGAUCAUCUGGAUUUUGCAAUUGCUAAUAGUUACACCCUGAACAUAGAAGCAAAAGAUCCUGGAGAUCUUGCAUCCCAUUGCAGCGUUCUAGUUGAAAUUCUUGAUGAGAACAAUUGUGCACCUGAGGUGAUUUGACUUCAGUAUUUACUCCACUACCAGAAGAUUCACUUCCAGGAAGUGGUCGCCUUGAUUAAAGCAAGAGAUAGAGACUCUGGAGAAAAAGGUGAGGUUUACUGCUUCAUCUCGGAAAAUACAGGGUUUCUGCUGAAAUCUUCUACAAAGAACUAUCACAAACUAGUGACAGACAGGGCUCUGGACCAAGAGGCAAUCUCUGAGUGCAACAUCACCAUCACAGCCACUGACAGGGGUAAGCUACCCCAGUCCUCCAGCACAAGCAUCAUCCUGCACAUCUCAGAUGUCAAUGACAGUGCUCCGGUUUUCCAGCAGACUUCCUACAUGGUCCACAUAGCUGAGAACAAGCUUCCUGGGGUCUCCACUGCGCAAGUCAGAGCCUCUGAUCCUGACCUGGGAUUCAACUGCCAAGUCUCCUACUCCAUUGUGACCAGUGAUCUGGAGCCCAGAGCGCUGCUGUCCUACGUGUCCGUGAGCGCACAGAGCGGGGUGGUGUUCGUGCAGCGCUCCUUCGACCACAAGCAGCUGUGCACCUUCCAGCUCACGCUGCAGGCCCGCGACCGCAGCUUGGCGGCGCUCAGCGCCAACGUGAGCCUGCAAGUGCUGGUGGAAGACCACAAUGACAACGCACUGCAGGUGCUGUACCCCGCUCUGGGGCCCGACAGCUCAGCGCUCUUCGACAUGGUGCCGCGAGCCGCCGAGCCCGGCUACCUGGUCACCAAGGUGGUGGCUGUGGACGCUGACUCGGGACACAAUGCGUGGCUGUCCUACCACGUGCUGCAGGCCAACGACCCUGGGCUCUUCAGCCUGGGGCUGCGCACUGGCGAGGUUUUCACCGCGUGCGCCUUAGGCGAUAAAGACGCUGCCCGACACCGCCUGCUGGUGGCGGUGCGUGACAAAGGACAGCCUCCUCUUUUGGCCACAGCCACGUUGCACCUCAUUUUCGCGGAUAGCCUGCAAGAGGUCUUGCCCGACCUCAGUGAAGGGCCAGUGCCCUCUGACCCCCAGGAGGAGCUGCAGUUUUACCUGGUGGUGGCCUUGGCCUUUAUCUCUGUGCUCUUCCUCCUCGCUAUGAUUCUAGCGGUUGCUCUGCGCCUGCGCCACUCCUCCAGCCUAGCUCCAGGGAGCUGUUUGCCGCCUGGUCUAAGCUGCAAGACUGGACCCGUGGUCCCAGUCUUGGACAAGACGUUGCCAUUUUCCUACAACCUGUGCAUUGCCUCCCAUUCUGCAAAGACAGAGUUCAGUUUUCUGAACUUGACAUCGGAAGUUGCUCCCCCUCAGGAUCUCCUGUGUGAUGAUCCUUCUGUGGUUGCAUGUACCAGUAAUGAAGAUCUCAAACUAUUUUUUGACACUUCUUUUUCCUCCCAUGUCAGUAUUUGCUAUCCUGUUUGA